UUCAGGUGGAGUUUGAAUCGAUUAAGCUAGAGAUGACCCAUAAGAACGAGGAGCAGGAGGAGCUGCGAGCUCAGAUGGAGGAGACGGAGCGGCUGAGGGAGAUCUCGGAGAGGCAGCUGGACGAGGCCCUGGACUCCCUGAAGGAGGAGAGGGAGCAGAAGAACUGUCUGCGGCGGGAGCUCUCCUCCCUGACCCUCAACCCCUUUGAGUCCAUGGGGAACCUGGAGCUCCACCUGGAUCAGCUGGAUGACAGCCAGGAGGAGGGCCAGGGGGGAGAGGGGGGAGUGGACCAGGACAGCGGCAUUAACAAUGGUCCUGGCUCUGCUCCCAAUUCUGCUCACCCUCCUCACUCGGGGGGCUCGAAAAGUAACGGCCAUAUCCGACGCUACUCCACUCCGCGCAGCAGCAUGGCGUUCCCCCGCGCUCCGGCCUCGGGGCUGGUGUCCGACCUGCUGAGUGAGCUACACUUCUCAGACAGUCAGAAACUAAAACAGCAACUCCUGCAGGUUGGUGAACUUGUCUCACUUUUAAAAAUGUAUUAA